UUAUAUUUCUUGUUUGUGAAAUGGCAAAAAAUUAAAUAAAUUUAUGAUUUCAUGUAUUUACAAUUGAUUAAUGCAAAUUUCUUUCUGUUCCGAACAUAUAUCAAUUGAAUUGGAAGAUGAAGAAGUGUACACAAGGUUGGAAAAUGAGAACAUGAAGCUAAAGGAUCGAUUAGCAAUUUGGAGUAAGGUUAUUGUUGCAGAAGAAAACGCUGCAACCAUUGCAGUUGUUGCAAAAUAUGUGCCAGCAGUAGUGCCCACCGCCGUCGGUGCAAUGAGGGCUGAGCAAACGCCAUCUCCUGGGCAUUCCCACAGCUUGCCGACACCAGCUAUUAUAUCACAUGUGAAUGCAACUUCAGCUAAAUUUGAUAAUUAUCAGUGCAAUAGUAUCUUGUCUUGGGCAAAAGCACUACAGACUGCUGGCACAAAUAAAUCGCCCAGAGAUAUAGCCAACGAAAUAAAUAAACAUGAUAUACAAUCGCCACCUGUGGUUAUGUUAAUGCAAAAAUUUAUAACAAUUUUUUUAUAUCCAAUGUAGGGAUUAUGCUGUUCGUGUGAUUUCCAACCUCUUACGGUCUGGCGUUAACCUACCAACUUGCCACAAGCAACGUAUCACAUAGAUGCACAUUGGUCAAUUACGUUUGACAGUUAUAAUAAUUAUUGGAGAGUCCACUUGUCGUUUGUUAGUGUUUCUGGGGCACGAUAUUCUACGCGUCAAUCACUUGGGCGAUUGGUGAACACAUUUCGUUAUGCUGAUUGUGCACUUAGAGGACCUCUUCCCAAAUUUUCUGGACGAUUGGAGAUUUGAAAGACUUAUACAAGGAAUCAAAAAAGAGAUUUUACGAGGACGAGGAAUUCAAGAGACGUGUCUACAAUUGCAUUGUACUGCUGCAAGGCAGCGACCCUAAUCCUACUGUAUCAUGGACUCAAAUAUGUGAUGUAUCCAGUGAAGAAUUCCAUAGGUGUAAGCUUUUUCGAAGAUUUUAUGAAAACCCGGACUACUAUGGAUUCUGCGAUAGCCACCAAUAUGUAUUCUCCUUGGGCAAGAUGCUGGAGAAUCGCGGCAACACAGCCGUAUACCUACUCCAUGCUUUUACGCGCAUUUGCUAAAUUUCUUGCACCAGCCAACUUUUGACUCAACUUAUCUCCUCUAAAAUUGCCUGUAAAAUCGUCUAAUGUAAAUACCGUAUUAACAACAAAAAUGCACAGUAAAAACGUUUAGUUAUUUGAAUAAAUAAGAGUGUGCCAAUGUAAUUAAUAAGUAGUGUCUAGAUGUAACCCGGGUAUUUAGUAUAGUAAAGAUAUGUUUAUUUAAAAAUUAUAUGAUACAGAGUUUUGUGUAUGUAAUUUAAUUGUCCGGCUAUUCACUCGACCCUCUUCGCUUGCUCUCCCAGUCCUCACUUGACACUGCUUUAUUUGUAUGCUGUGUGCCUUCAGUAUGAAAAAAUGUUAGUUCACCGAAUAUGUAUCGCCGUUUUUGAGAAGAUGCGCUGCUGGACCGCGGUUGAUUUU